AUGGGACUCUGCCAGGCCCGGCUUCCUAAAACCGCCAAGCCUCUGAAUCCUGAACUGCAGGAGAUGCUGAAGUCGCAAGUCAUCAUCUUCGUGAUAGGAGGCCCGGGCUCCGGCAAAGGGACACAGUGUGAGAGGCUGGCUGCCAAGUACCAGUUCCAGCACCUGGGCAUGGGGAACCUGCUGCGGGCGGAAGCCAGCGAGCCCACGCGCCAGGGGCGACAAAUCAAGGACAUCAUGCUGAAAGGAGCACUCGUGCCUUCAGGCUUCGUCCUCGACCUGCUGAACGAGAACCUGCUGCAGAGAGAGGAGGCGAAGGGCUUCCUGGUCAACGGCUUCCCCCGGGAGCUCAACCAGGCCAAGGACUUUGAGCGCGUGGUGGGGCGUCCUCCCAACUUCGUGAUAGUCUUGGACUGCUCAACGGAGACCAUGAUCCAGCGGCUGCUGCUGCGGGGCCAGACUGGCCAUCGGGCCGACGACCACGAGAGCUGCAUCCGCCAGCGGCUGGAGACUCACUACUCGCUGUGCGAGCCCGUCAUCAGCUACUACCAGCAGAAGAACCUGCUCAGAAACAUUAUUGGUGAGGAGCCAGAAGACGCCAUCUUCGCAAAGUGCUGCUCCGUCAUCGACAGCCUCCGCUAG